UGUGCGAUGUCUCGGGUUGCUCUGAGCAGACGGCCUUGUCAGCCGGUGCCCCCGAAUGACUGUUCCUGGAGAACAGCCGCCCGCUGUGCUCACGUCCAGGGGAGCAACAGGCGCUUUGGGCAGGCCGUGAAAGACUCUUACGCUGCCCGUAGCUCAGUGGUAAACAUUAGACCAGGUCAGGGUCUCCACAAGGUCUUGGCAUUCUGCUCCGAGUCUUCUCUCGCCGACCAGCCCUGCCAUGGACCGCCACAUCAUGGCCAACGGAGACCACGGCACUAAGGCGCUCUGGGCCUCCCACAACAGGAUGGUGUUGGAGCCUCUGGAUACCAACGACCCGGAGGUCCACAACAUCAUCAAGAAGGAGAAGCAGAGGCAGAGGCAGGGGCUGGAGCUGAUCGCGUCCGAGAACUUCGCCAGCCGGGCCGUCCUGGAGGCCUUGGGCUCCUGCCUGAACAACAAAUACUCCGAAGGAUACCCGGGACAACGGUACUAUGGAGGGACAGAGUUUGUGGAUCAGCUGGAGAGGCUGUGUCAGAAGAGGGCUCUGCAGGCUUAUGGGCUAGACCCUCAGAAGUGGGGCGUCAACGUCCAGCCCUACUCAGGGUCCCCUGCAAACUUUGCUGUCUACACCGCCCUGGUGGAGCCCCAUGGAAGGAUCAUGGGCUUGGAUUUGCCCGAUGGGGGGCACCUGACCCACGGCUUCAUGACGGACAAGAAGAAGAUCUCGGCCACCUCGAUCUUCUUUGAGUCCAUGCCCUACAAGGUCAACCCCCAAACGGGCUACAUUGACUACGACCGACUAGAAGAGAACGCCCGCUUGUUCCACCCCAAGCUGAUCAUUGCAGGGGUCAGCUGCUACUCGCGGAACCUGGACUACGCCCGCAUGCGGAAGAUCGCGGACGAGAACGGGGCGUACCUGAUGGCCGACAUGGCCCACAUCAGCGGGCUGGUGUCGGCUGGAGUGGUGCCGUCGCCCUUCGAGCACUGCGACGUGGUCUCGACCACGACCCACAAAACCUUGCGGGGCUGCCGGGCUGGAAUGGUCUUCUUCCGAAAAGGCGUGCGCAGCGUGGAUCCCAAAACCGGCAAGGAAACCCUGUACAAUCUCGAAAGCCUCAUCAACCAGGCGGUGUUUCCUGGGCUCCAGGGCGGGCCCCACAACCACGCCAUCGCUGGAAUCGCUGUUGCUCUGAAGCAAGCCAUGACUCCGGAAUUCAAAGCCUACCAGAAGCAGGUCGUCGCCAACUGCAGGGCGCUCUCCAACACCCUCAUCGGUCUGGGGUACCACAUUGUCACUGGCGGCUCCGACAACCACCUGAUCCUGGUGGACCUGCGCAACCGCGGCACCGACGGCGGACGGGCAGAGCGGGUCCUCGAGCUCUGCUCCAUCGCGUGCAACAAGAACACCUGUCCAGGAGACAAGAGCGCUUUGCGCCCCAGUGGGCUGAGGCUGGGGACCCCGGCUCUUACCUCCAGGGGAUUCUUGGAAGAGGACUUCCAAAAGGUCGCUCAUUUUAUUCACAAAGGUAUUGAGCUCACCUUGCAGGUUCAGAAUGACAUGAGCCCCAAAGCGACGCUGAGGGAGUUCAAAGAAAAACUCGUGUCUGAGGAAAAGUACCAAGCUGCACUGAAGUCUCUCAAGGAGGAGGUGGAGGCCUUCGCGGAUGCCUUCCCUCUCCCUGGCCUGCCUGUGCUGUGAGGGAUGCCCAGCCCUGGGGGGCCAGGAAACCCGCCCCUGGGCUGGGGAGAUUCUGUUGCCUUGCCAACCGCUGUCAUGCUAACUAGAUCUAAGAGGGAUCUGCCAGACCCUUUUCCCCCUUCCUCCUUCCUGUUCUUACAAGCGGGAGCUGCUUAUGCAAUCUGCUUUUUAAGCAAAUUAUCCCCACCCCUUUUUGGCAAAAAAAUGCAGUGAGAAUUACAGCACUUAGAAGGGAACCAAGCACGCACCUAGUCCAGCUUAAAAUCCUUGGUCAGUGUUAGCACUGAAUCAACAGCAUUAAUGGACGUUCCCGAAAUCAUGUUGAGCUGGGUCUUCAGAGACGCAGCCCGGGUUGCGGUGUCAGGCCGGGAAAUCACAGAGUGCAGGAUCAGACCCUGCCAAUGGUCAAGUUGCUCCUGACGUGGAGCAGAACAGAAGAGGGUGGUGACAGCAGCCCCCAAUCUGUGCCUUUUCACACAUUCGGCUAUGCAGGGGGUGGUUGGGGAAUUAUUUUUGCUUUGUAUUUUCCAUCUGUCUGUAGAAACAAAUCCAUUGUGGAUUUCUCUGACAGCCCUGUUCAUGCAUAGGGCUGAACUGACCGGAUUUCCGCAGGGUUCGCUUUCCUCUCCACGACUCCCCAAAGAAACGAGUGUCCCAGGCAGAACGGAAGCUUGGUCUAAUCAGCCGGCGAAAGGGGCCACAAAAGAUUGAUUGUCCUUGUGGCUGCUUCUCUGGAGCAGUUGGGCUGUUGUCAAGUUAGUUUUAAGAUGUAGAGCUUUUAAUGACUCAUGAUGAGGGAAGGGCCCUUGCAAGGAUGGGGGGGGCAGUGUCUAUUUUUAGUGCCCACGGAUGGCUUUUCUCCACAAGAAUUACCUGUAAAGUAACAAUGUACGUUGCCUCGACACCAAAGAAUGAGUGGCAUUUAAGCAAAUGGUUUUCAGAUACAAUUUCAUAAAAGCAGCAACACCGGGAAGACAAGAAUUCACUUCCUCUUAACUCUUGUGAACCAUUCUGCAUCCUCCAGUUCUCUCCUCCACCCCGCUUUUUAUGAGACACUUGAGCCAAGAAGUAUAAUCGGGACAAUUUUUACUGAGCACAAGAAAAUUAAGAAUUUAGCCACAGUAUAUGCCAAGGGUUUAAUAAGCUUUAAAAAAUACAACAAUAUUUUUUGUAUUUCAAAAAUAUUUGAGCCCAAAUAAAUAAUUUCUUUUUCUAAUGUA